AUGGACAAAAGCGAUGGGAUGUCUUGGACAAGGAAGAAACGCGCGCACAACCCACCAAGGCUCGCGUUCGGCUUCCUCAUUAUUCUGGUCUCCGUCCUCUUAGCUGCUCAGUUCUUCCAAUUGGCCUGGCUAUCUCCCACUUCUGUGAACCUGCCGCCCCAUGCGUCGGAAACGAUAUCUCGAUGCCGGUCACUUCAGAUGAAGGCAGGACCCUCGGAAGGCUUCGAUAAACGACAGCAGUCCGACCGGUUCGUCCCCGGGACGAAGCCUUAUCUUCUCACCAACGCAAGGAUAUGGACUGGUUUGGAGAAUGGCACCGAAGUCAUUCGCGGGGACGUCCUGAUUGAUAAAGGCAUUAUCAAGGGAGUAGGUCACUUUGGUCGUGGAUUCAUUGCGAAUGCGCGCACUAGGUUCGCUGACCUCGAGGUCGUGGACGCCGGGGGGAAGUGGCUUACCCCCGGCAUUGUGGAUAUGCACUCACACAUUGGAGAUGCAUCGUCUCCCGCUCUCGAUGGCUCCGAAGACGACAACUCUUUGGCAGGAACUGCGCAGCCGUGGUUAAGGAGUUUGGACGGCCUGAACACGCACGAUGAUUCGUACCUUCUUUCGAUAUCCGGAGGUGUUACAACGUCGCUGGUUCUUCCAGGGUCAGCCAAUGCGAUUGGAGGUCAAGCCUACUUGAUUAAACUACGCGAAACUGCUGAGCGGACACCUUCGUCAAUGUUGCUGGAAGCGCCGUAUCAAAUCAAUUCCUCCUUCCCCGAUCCAAACCUACCCCUACACUGGCGGCACAUGAAGCACGCAUGUGGAGAGAAUCCUAGCCGAGUAUACGGGGUUACACGCAUGGAUACCAUCUGGGCCUUCCGUGCAUCGUAUAACAAAGCGCGAGGUAUCAAAGAGAAGCAAGACGCUUAUUGCGCGCGUGUGAGUAAGAACGAAUGGGCUGGAUUGGGCGACUUCCCUGAAGAUUUACAAUGGGAAGCUCUCGUCGAUGUUCUUAGAGGGCGUGUCAAGGUAAACAUUCAUUGUUACGAGACCGUUGAUUUGGACGCGCUCGUACGGCUAUCCAAUGAGUUCAGCUUCCCUAUCGCCGCAUUUCAUCAUGCAAGCGAAGCCUAUCUCGUUCCCGACACCCUCAAGAAAGCCUACGGGUCUCCUCCGGCGAUCGCUCUAUUUGCUACCAACUCAAGGUAUAAACGGGAGGCGUACAGAGCUUCUGAAUUCGCGCCUCGUAUCCUGACUUCCCAUGGUUUGAAAGUCGCGAUGAAGAGCGACCAUCCCGUCCUUAACUCUAGGUUCCUUCUGUACGAAGCGCAACAAGCUUAUUUCUAUGGAAUGCCAGAGAAUGCUGCGUUGGCCUCCGUAAUCAGCACGCCCGCCGAAGUCGUUGGAAUGGGUCAUCGACUUGGCUUCGUUCGCAAAGGCUGGGACGCAGAUUUGGUGCUCUGGGAUAGUCAUCCUCUUGCCUUAGGGGCCACCCCUGUUCAGGUUUUCAUUGACGGUAUCCCCCAGCUGUCUUCUCCACAUGUCAACACGAAACCCGCCUCCUUCCAGCACCCUCCCAAGGUACCAAAUUUCGACAAGGAAGUCAAGCAAGCGCUCAAAUACGAGGGUUUGCAACCCCUUGAGCCAGCGGCCUCUACACAUGACGUCGUAGUAUUCACCAAUGUCAAGGAUGUCUUCACAGCUCACGCGAGCGGCAUUAUGAAAUCCUUCUCUGCAUCUCAUGAAGACGAGCUUGGCGUUGUGGUGGUUCGUGGCGGAAAGAUCGAAUGUUCUGGCCAACGCGCGACAUGUUUCGCGAACGGAAAUAUUGACAGUCUCGAGGCAGACGUCGUGGACCUGGAAGGAGGAUCAAUCUCUCCUGGCCUUCUUUCGUUCGGGGCACCGCUAGGACUGGAAGUGAUCAACCAAGAGCCUACUACGAACGAUGGUCUAGUUGGUGAUGCUCUCCGCAAACCGUUACCGAAGAUUCUUGGCGGUGACACUACUGUUGUCCGCGCAGUCGACGGCCUCGAAUUUGGUACCAGGGACGCAUUGCUGGCGUACCGGGCAGGUGUCACCUCCGCAGUCACUGCACCUCUUGGAUCAGGCUUCUUCUCUGGGCUGGGUACAGCCUUUUCGCUGUCAGCGAAGCACAAGUUAGAGCAAGGAUCCAUCGUCAAGGAGGUCACUGGCUUCCACAUUGCUGUCAGGCAUAACUCCAAAGGCCCAAGUGUCAGUACGCAAAUUGCUUUGCUGAGGCGUUUGCUGCUUGCUCCUGUUGAUGGUGCUCUGGGACACCACUUCCGAGACGUUAAAAAGGGCGUACUGCCGUUGGUCAUCGAAGCCCACAGUGCAGAUAUUAUCGCUACGUUGAUAUUGCUCAAGAGAGAAGUCGAACGAGAGAUCGGGUCCGACAUCAGAAUGACAAUUAGCGGGGCGACAGAAGCCCAUCUACUGGCCAAGGAACUGGCUCAAGCCGCAGUUGGUGUCAUCGUGAGGCCCUCACGACCGUUCCCAUAUGUUUGGGAAGAUAGAAGACUCAUGCCGGGUCCUCCUCUUACGAAAGAGAGCGCUAUAUCGAAGUUGCUUUCUUACAACGUUACUGUUGGCAUCGGCAUUGAAGAGCUUUGGAGUGCUAGAAAUACACGAUUCGAUUUGGCAUGGGCUGCUAUCGAGACUGGCCUAACGAUGUCUGAGGAGGAAACUCUGGCCUUGGGCACCAUCAACCUGCGCAAAUUACUGGGUGUGCCGUACGUAGAGGACGACAGCUCGCUAGACAUGGUCGCUACCUGUGCCGGCAGCCUCUUGAGCAUGGACUCGAAGGUCGUGGCAGUGUUUUCGUCCAGCAUCGGGCGAGUAAAUUUCUUCUAG